UGCAGCUUCUGUGGCCGCACAAGGCCCGUCUCUGUGGUAUACAUUCGGCGCCACACGUAGACUGUGGUCAACAUGCUGCUGCUGUCCCUGCGCUAUUCCAUUGCACGGUGCGAUCUAGUGGCGCUCCUACGAUGAUUAGGUUGCGCUUUCCGCAGAGCACGCCAAUAUAGCAUUUCCGCUGGACACAGGCCAGGGACGACGGGCUGCAUGCGGCCUCGCAGGACCGUGCCGAGCGGUAGCGAUGCGCUCACGAGUUUCCCUAACCUCGAUCCGGAAGCACUGACAGCUGUCCGAUCGAGCUGGCGUCGACUGCCUUCGCGGGCGUGGCGCGUCCGAACAUGAACCACGUCCACACAUAAAGCUUGGUCGCUCCCGGUGAGCACUCGCCGGCCCCCUCGUCGGUACUGCCCGCCCCUGCCCCUCGGUCCCCGGCAAGGCCUGGCACACGAUACCCCUUCGUUUUCCAACACAUAUUAUUGAUUUACACUCCCUUCAACACAUGUAUACGUGGAUCGCUGUCCGGCUUACCGCUGCGCUCGCGCAUGGCGCGUCCGCGCAAACACCCGGCCAGCCAUUGGUGACGAACGCGCCUCUUGGAGAGUUCCAGAUUGUCGGCAACAGCAUCGCGAGCGCGCAACAAAUGUUCCUCGGCACACUAGACAAGGUAUAUAUUGUUGACAAGACCGAAAGGAACCCUACGCAGAUCAACGGUCAUCCGGCAUGGGCAGCGGAAUAUUCCGCGAGCAAGAACCAAGGCCGCCCUAUGGAUGUCGUUACCAACUCCUUCUGCGCGGUGCGGGGUAGCGUACUGGGCAAUGGAACAUGGCUCAAUGUCGGAGGGAACCAGGCAGUCACUUACGGUGGUCUGACGGCCCCCAGUCAAAAUGGCGGUGCGCCGUACGACGAUCCCGAUGGUGGUCAAUCUUUACUCGAUCCCUGCGACGACGACUCUUGCGAAUGGAUCAUGAACACGCCUAUGACUACCCGGAGUGAGGAUGGAUCAAUGAUUAUUAUCGGCGGCUGCGACUGGGGAGGUUUCGUCAACGACGCCUCGCAGACGAACCCGACAUACGAGUUCUUCCCAUACGACCCCGCCGUCGGGCUCACGAACUCGCCCCUGCUCGAGAACACGCUCCCCGCGAACCUCUACCCACUCACAUGGCUCCUCCCCUCCGGCAAGCUGAUCAUGCAGUCGAACUGGGGCACGGCCCUGCUCGACUACAAGACGCACACGGAGACGGAGAUCAGCGCGAUGGUCCACGCGGUGCGGACGUACCCUGCGAGUGCGGGCACGGCGAUGUUGCCGCUUACGCCGGCAAAUAACUAUACGGCGACGAUCCUGUUCUGUGGCGGGUCGAACAUCCAGCCUGAUCAAUGGGUCACGAACUGGGACAUCGCACAAUACCCCGCGUCGGAUUCGUGCGUCACCAUCACCCCCGACGUAUCUACCAAUUACGUCGAGGACGAUCCGUUGCCUGAGGUCCGGUCCAUGGGGAACCUCAUAUUCUUGCCAAACGGGAAGAUCCUCUGCCUGAAUGGCGCAGGCACAGGAGUGGCAGGCUACGGCAAUGUUUCUUGGGCAAUCGAUCAGUCGUUCGCUGACAAUCCCGUCCUCGACCCGAUCAUUUAUGACCCUUCGGCGCCCUCGGGGAAGAAGUGGUCUCGUGAUGGGCUCUCUCCGUCCACCGUCGCGCGCAUGUACCAUUCCAGCGCCACUCUCCUGCCUGACGGCUCGGUGAUGGUCUCCGGCUCGAACCCGAACGCGGACUACAACAUCGCGGCGGGCGUGAAGUUCCCGACGGAGUACCGCGUGGAGAAGUUCUACCCGCUGUACUACAACGAGCGCAGGCCGCAGCCCCAGGGCUUGCCGAACCAGCUCGCGUAUGGCGGGCCGUACUUCAAUGUGUCGCUGUCGGGGCAGGACUUGGGUGACAACGUCAACGCGGUGGCGAACACAACUGUGAUCGUGAUCAGGACAGGGUUCUCCACCCAUACAAUGAACAUGGGCCAGCGGUUCGUACAGCUCGACUCGACGUAUACUGGCAACUCGGAUGGCUCUGCGACUCUGCACGUCAGUCAGCUCCCGCCAAACCCUGCCGUCUUGGCUCCUGGACCUGCACUGCUCUUCGUCGUUGUCAACGGUGUCCCAUCUGUGGGCGUCCAGGUGAUGGUCGGCUCCGGCAAGAUCGAGACGCAGCCGACCAAGGAGAACGUCGCGCUCCCGUCAUCUACCAUCGCUAAGCAGAACUCUACGUCGUCGUCUUCCGGGCCCCAGCACACCGGGGCUGUUCAGGCUAGCUCGGCGGUCCAGACCGUCGGAUUCGGAGCAGAUCUUUACAGCUUGCUGCUCUUGUUGCUCGUCGGUGCUCUCAUCGUUUAAUCUGUUGAUCUGGACUAUUACAUACCAACUCAGCAUUGCGUACUAUCAUACCUUCACUUGUCGGACUAUCAUGGACUGCAAUACCCACACUGUUGUCUUGGAAAGCAUCCUAAAAUGUACGUGAUAAUUAGACCCCCAUAUGGCGGCUGAACUGUAAUGAUCUUCUACCGUCCUGUUUACCUGCUUUCACCUGUCGUGUCACAAAUUGGAUGCGUACCAUUGGAAACA